AUGGGAGCGGGGAACAAAACCCUCUCUGAGGCCACCGCGGUCAUAAAGAAACUGCGCACUCCGAAGGCAAAUCUGGCUAAGGUUGAAUUUCUCGCGUGCCUCGCAGCCUUUUUACUAAUGUUACUCACCAUCUUCGGUUCGUCAAGGCGUCGGCACAACCACCAGAAGCUCAGGGUCCUGUUGUGGGCAGCAUACACCUUCUCGAGCUACCUCAUCGUAUACACGCUCGGUCUCAUGACUGAAGCCUCGUUCCAAAAUGACCUGUUGCCAGUUUGGGCCAUUUUCUUGAUGAUCUUCUUUGGGAGCUCGGACUCCUACUCCAUCCACAGCCUCGAGGACUGCGAGCACCGGAAGAACUAUGCUUGGCAAUAUGUGAUCAAGAUCACUGGGGAAGCGCCGAACUACCGCAAGUCAUUGGAGAUCACGGACAGAGUCGUCACCAUCGAGAAGGUGUGGAAAUGCCAAGGAUGGCUUUUGAGAUCAGAAGGUGGGGACAAAGACAGCAAACUCAAGGAUAUUUGCCUCUCGUUUUCGCUCUAUAAGCUUCUUCGCUUAAAAUUUAGCGACUAUUCAUUGCCUAAACAAGCUCACGAAAAGGCGUGGAAGUUGAUUCAGUACUUGUAUGCGGAAGGAAAUGGCUACGAGCGAGCAUUUAGGGUCGUUGAGCUAGAGCUUUCCUUUCUCUUCGAUUAUUUCUACACCAAAUACGUGACCAUCUUCCAGCCGUUAGGUUGGAGAAUAAAGCUUGUAGAGUUCUUGUUUUUGGUCAUUGGUGUUCCGGUGAUGAUCGGACUUUUUUACCCGUGGUACAACUCGAACAGAUCCCAAGGUGAAGUUCAACUAGCCACUAAAGGCGGGUUGAGCAUCGACUUUCUCGUGACGGCACUAAUUGUAUUAAUAUUUGCAUGCGUGGAGCUUGUGCAGUGUUUCUUCAUGGUCAUCUCGGAGUGGACGAAAGUAUCGUUGCUAUGCAAGUACGCACGAACAAACUCGUGGCAAGAGAGCAAACUGAUGGAGAAGCUGAUAGGACUAAUAUGCCGGACGCCAUCACCGAAGCCUUGGGAAAGGAAACUUCACCGAUACUCGCUUCACGAGUCGUAUGAUUACACCCUUCAAAGGUGGCUGUACAAUGUCUUGACAGAUUUAUUUAUGGAUCCUAUAAGGGACGGCCAAACAGAAAGCGCGCCCGCCAAAUUGUCCUCGGAAGUGAAAGAAGCCGUUUUCCGUUCUUUAAUGUCGAAUCCCGAGGCACUGCAGAAUGGCGAAGCUUCUUUGAUACGAAACGAAGUGGAGCAUGAGCUCUCGUGGGCAUGUAAGCUCGGUACACAAACUCAAGUGAUAAUUGUGUGGCAUAUCGCCACAAGUAUUUUCGAGCAGAUGAUGCCGAUUUCAGAUCCGAGUUCAAAUUCGAAUUUUCUCGUGGCGACUAAUUUAUCCAAAUAUCUCGCUUACUUGGUAACAUUUCAUCUAAAAUUAUUACCUGAUCAUCCUUAUGAUUCAGAAUAUAUUUUUGACAGAAUCAUCAUCGAAGCUAGACACUUGCUCAAGGACUGCAAGACAGUAAAAGAAAGAAUCCAAAGAUUGAACAAGAUCGGUAAAACAAUGAAUGAUACUGGUAAAGUGAUGAUCCAGGGUGCACGGUUAGGACAGCAAUUGCUCGAUGUAGAAAAUGAACCAAACUUUAUUUGGAAGGUAUUGGCCGAGUUUUGGGCAGAACUUAUGGUGUAUGUAGCUCCAUCGGACAACGCAAUAGCACAUGCGGAGCACUUGGCAAUGGGUGGAGAGUUCGUGACUCACGUGUGGGCUUUGGUCUCUCAUGCUGGCAUCAAGAGAGAACCUCCUCUUGAGUGA